AUGGCUUUGGCUCUUCUUUCUACACCUGAAGAACUUAAACGUGACAAAAAAGGCAUGAAUAUUGUACUCAAUCAAUUACUUCAAAUUGUCAUCGAUGCUGCCAAAAGUGAUCGUUAUCGACAUGAUGGUUUUCAUGUUAGUGAACCAUUAGGUGUUUUAGUCAAAAUGUUCGUUGUCGAAGAACGUACACUCGAUUAUGUCUUAUGUCAUGCAGAAACACAACCAUCAUCAGAUAUGCAUUCAACAAUUCGUUUAUUUGCAUCAUUACUCUUCAAAUUUGCUGAUGUAUUAAAAGGAACAGAUCGACUUGAACAAUUUACAUUAAUAGCUUUAUUAAAUAUUUUCUGGAGCAUAUCAUUUCAAGAAAUUUAUGCAUCAGAAUUAAUUCAAGAUCAAGAAUUAAUAAUAACAAUUCAAAAAUUUGUUGAAAAUGAUCAAGAAGAAGAAAUUCUCGAACAAUAUAAACCACGAUCUAUGGAAGGUGUUAAAGAAGCAGCACAUGGUAUUCUACAUAAUCUUAAUCGAGAUAAUAAAAAUGAGAUAAUAGUCGAUAAAAAGAAUGAAUCUCUUGAUGCUCUCAUUUCGAAUUCGAUUGUAGGGAUACAAAUGAAACCAUCGAUUAUGAUAAGUUAUUCUCAUGGAGAUGAUGUUUUUUGUAAUAAAGUACUCGAUUUACUAACUAAACAAAGUAACGUUUUUGAGAUAUGGAUCGAUCGAACACAUUGUCAAGGAGUUGAAGAUUUAUGGGAGUCGAUUGCUGAUGGUAUGGAAAAAGCAUCUAUCAUUGUAUGUCUUCUUUCGAGUCAAUAUUUUGAGAGUAAAUCAUGUCGAAAAGAAUUUAUCUAUGCAACGGAUUCACUAAAGAAAAAAAUUGUACCUGUAUUAAUUGAGCAUUUUGAACCGAAAGGAUGGCUUGGUAUUAGAAUGACUGGUAUGAAGUAUAUUCGUUUUCGAGGACUAUUCGAAUCGGAACAAAGCAAAAUGACAGAAUUUUUAAAUACAAUUCUUGCGUCAUUUCCAUCAACAAAAACGCCUAUCAACGAGAACACCUCAACCCAACUACCGAAUCACGGUACGCCACCACCAUCGAAUCAUCUAAUGUUACCGUUAUCACCACCAACACAUCAAUCUUUAUCAUCGUUUAAUACUUUAGCUACACAAUCAAUUCCAGUAGUUUCUCAACGUCCCUGCAAUCAAUGGACAUCAUCUAAUGGUGAUAUUCACGCAUGGUUUGCAUACCAUCGCUUGUCAACAGAAUUACGUGAUUUAUUCGACUUUCAAACUGGUGAAGAAAUGCUUGAUUAUGCUCAAUUGUUGAUUAAAGAUUGUGAAAAACAAAUGAAUAUUUAUGCAAGAAUUUUUGCUAAGAAAUAUAAUGGAAAUGAUAUGCCACCGCAUGAAUUUAAUCGAUUUGCAAAAGCUUUGGAACAAUUAUUAAGAGAUAACCCUCGGUCUCCAAUGAAAACAAAUCCUUCAACUUCGAAUAAAUCGAGCACAUGUACUAUUUUGUAA